CAGCCCGAUCCCGGCGGGGGCGUGUCCGCGCCUGCGCAGCAGCGCGCUCAUGUUGUUGAUGUCCCGGCGGCCGUAGUCGGUCCUGGUCGGUUCCCGGCGCUCGGAGCGACUGGACUGCCCGGCCCAUCCCCGCCCCGCUGGGCCUGGUCCCAACCGCGGGCACCUGCAGCGCGCGAGUCCCUGGGGCGAGCGCCUAGAGGCAGCAGGCGGCUCCUGCCCAUGAGGGCCUGAUGGAAAACACAAAGGAGCUGAGUCUCCCCUCUUGUGUGAAACCCCCUGGGGAAGAGGCUAUGGACAAAACCAUUGACAAACAGCAGAAACUGGCUUCAGACAAAAUGCUGUCAUACAUAGCAAAUGAAGAGACAGGAAAAAACAUUUCUGUAAUUUUCCAGCAGAGAUUUUACUUAUAAUAAGAGUGGAAGGCACAUUUCCAGAUAGAGGACCUGCAGCUGCUGUGGGGAGAUGCUGCUUCAGACAGACAAGACAGAACGUAGUUCACAAGUGGAAAGGAAACACCGAGACUCAUUCGGGAUGUUUGACGGUUAUGAUAGUUGUAGUGAGGACACCAGCAGCAGCUCCAGUUCAGAUGAAAGUGAGGAGGAGGUUGCUCCUUUGCCAUCCAGUCUCCCAAUUAUCAAGAACAACGGGCAAGUUUAUACUUAUCCAGAUGGCAAAUCUGGCAUGGCUACGUGUGAGAUGUGUGGGAUGGUUGGUGUCCGAGAUGCUUUUUACUCUAAAACCAAGCGCUUCUGCAGUGUGUCGUGCUCCAGAAGCUAUUCCUCCAACUCCAAGAAGGCCAGCAUUCUGGCCAGGCUUCAGGUAGCGGGUAAACCUCCAACGAAGAAGGCUAAAGUUCUACAAAAACAGCCCUUAGUGGCUAAAUUAGCAGCAUAUGCCCAGUACCAAGCAACUUUACAAAACCAGGCAAAGACAAAAGCAGCAGCUGUCCCUGUGGAAGGUUUCAGCUGGGGUAACUACAUCAAUAGUAACAGCUUUACAGCAGCUCCUGUUACCUGCUUUAAACACGCGCCCAUGGGGACUUGCUGGGGUGAUAUUGCAGAAGGAGUGCGAGUGGAGGUUCCAAACACUGACUGCAGCCUACCUACCAAAGUCUUCUGGAUAGCUGGAAUUGUAAAAUUAGCAGGCUACAAUGCUCUGCUGAGAUAUGAAGGAUUUGAAAAUGAUUCGAGUCUUGACUUCUGGUGCAACAUUUGUGGCUCUGACAUCCACCCAGUUGGUUGGUGUGCAACCAGUGGGAAGCCCUUAGUUCCUCCUCGCAGCAUCCAACACAAAUACACAAACUGGAAAGCUUUUCUAGUGAAACGACUUACUGGUGCCAAAACACUUCCUCCUGACUUUUCUCAGAAGGUGUCUGAGAGUAUGCAGUACCCAUUCAAAACUUCCAUGAGGGUAGAAGUAGUGGACAAGACGCACCUCUGCCGGACAAGAGUGGCAGUGGUGGACAGUGUUGUUGGGGGCCGCCUGAGAUUGGUGUAUGAAGAGAGUGAGGACAAAACUGAUGACUUCUGGUGCCAUAUGUACAGCCCACUCAUUCAUCAUAUUGGCUGGUCUCGAAGUAUAGGACACAGGUUCAAAAGAUCUGAUAUUACAAAGAAACAGGACGGACAUUUUGAUGCACCCCCACACUUAUUUACGAAGGUCAAAGAGGUUGAUGCAGCUGGAGAGUGGUUUAAAGAAGGAAUGAAAUUGGAAGCUAUAGACCCCCUAAACCUUUCAGCAAUAUGUGUGGCAACUAUCAGAAAGGUAUUAGCAGAUGGCUAUCUUAUGAUUGGGAUUGAUGGCUCAGAAGCAGCAGAUGGGUCUGAUUGGUUUUGUUACCAUGCCACUUCCCCUUCUAUUUUCCCUGUUGGUUUCUGUGAAAUUAACAUGAUUGAACUAACUCCGCCCAGAGGUACAGGUUAUGCAAAACUCCCUUUUAAAUGGUUUGACUACCUCAGGGAAACUGACUCAAUAGCUGCACCAGUAAAGCUCUUCAAUAAGGAAGUUCCAAACCAUGGGUUUCAUGUUGGCAUGAAACUGGAGGCAGUAGAUCUGAUGGAGCCUCGCCUGGUGUGUGUGGCCACAGUAACGCGCAUUAUUCACCGCCUUCUGAGGAUACACUUUGAUGGGUGGGAAGAUGAAUAUGAUCAGUGGGUGGAUUGUGAAUCCCCAGAUCUGUACCCUGUGGGAUGGUGUCAGCUCACUGGAUACCAGCUCCAGCCUCCAGCGCCACAAUCAUCAAGAGAUAGCCAGUCAAGUUCGUCCAAACAGAAGAAAAAAGCUAAAUCACAACAGUACAAAGGACAUAAGAAAAUGACUUCGUUACAGCUGAAGGAGGAGUUGCUGGAUGGAGAGGAGUACAGCUUCCUGCAGGGAACGUCUGACCAGGAAAGCAACGGCUCCGCCAGCUAUUACAUCAAGCAGGAGCCCUGAGGCAGCUCCCUGGAGCGAGGGGCACAGCAUCGGUGACAGGAAAAGAACCUUUCACCAAGACUGACUGAUUCUGUUUCCACUUGGAUGGUGCAGUUCAGGUGACUGUGCCUGGGGCGCUUUGCUAAAUGUAGAUGAACUAGACUCGGUUCAGAAUUUUUUGGAACAGUGUGGAAACUAUUUUAGUGAAAAAGAUUUUUCAAUUUAUUAAAAACAAAAACAAAGGACACUUUUGUGUUGUAUUUGAAGCUUUUGAAAGAAUUUUGUAAUAUUUUCAAGUUCAGAUUUAUUGUGCAUUGUUAACAAGAACUGAAAUUCUAGUUUUUUUGUAAGAUUAAAGUUUAUUUAGCAUGAUUGUGGGAAGCAGUUGGAGGAAGAUAUAGUUGCAAAUACAAAUGAACUGUCAUAACAAAUGAACCUUUUUGGUACAAGUUGGGAGACUGUUGUACUCUUGUGAACUGCACUGGUCACGUCUCUGUUUUUUUAAUUGUGAAAAUAAGGCUUUAAAGCCCCGAUUUAAAGGCAUAAAUUAUAUACGGAAGACAGUCCUGUAAAGCUCUACUCAGUGAGUAGCCCCAAGUGCAACGGAGCCAUCACCUGAGGAAGAUUUUACAUUUUCAAGGUGUUUUUAUUUAGUUUAAAAUACCCUUUUUGAUAUAAGGUUUUUGGUUUUUUAACAUUUUUUAGGGGCUGAUUCAGUGCCCAUUAAUAUCAGUAGCCUUGUCUCCGCCGACUGCAGUGGGCAUUGGAUUUGAUCUAUAAAGCUCUUGUCUGUAUAUGAAUGUCUGUAGUCUUGGAAUGCUUCAGCAAAUGUUUACAGAGCCCUAUACCAAACUGGAACUUCAGAAAAUUCUGUGAUUGGAAGAUUAGUUGUAGCUCUGAAUUUUGACUGAAGAAGCAGCUUAGAUGGACAGUCACUAAGGAUUCGCUUGGUAGUGGGAAGGAACUUGUGAGUAUUCUUGUGAUUUUUUUUUUUUUUUCCCCCCAUUCAGAAAGCCCUAAAUGUUUCUUUACCAUCUUAAAUAUUUAUAUGUGAUCAUUCAGAUGAUGUGCCAUAUGGUUUCAGGUGACCUAAAAGGAGCCCUGCAUUGUGGAUUAAAAAUAAGUUCAGUCCUGCAUAACCUGCAAUAUUCAUGUCUUGCUGCAAUAGUGUAACACAGGAGUUGAGAACAGUAUCAAAAUCACAUGGUUUUAGUCUAUAAUUCAGAAACUGGAUUUGCCUAUUGCCUGGAAUUCUUGUCUCAUGUCAAGCAUCCCAUUGCCCCCCAACUGGUCAACUUCCAGAUUUUUACAAGGCAAAAGUCACAUAAAAGGGUGAAAAUGAUGAGCAUUUAAGCACAAAGUAUUUUUGCAGGAGCUUUUAAUAAUUUGGAUUUUAUCUUUCCAUAUUUUAAACUUUUGUACAUUUUUGUAAAUGGAGUUGAUGAGUGAGGUGUUUGAUCAGCCCUGCAGAGCUGUGACUGGAAGAAUGUGCAUCAAGAGCUUUAGCUUUUACUGGUAAGGUUCAUUAACUAAACUCUCAGGAAUUAUAAAUUCUGUAAGUGCUUCUGGGUCUUCACAGGUUCCCUUCAGAGCAGUACAAUGAUCAUCUGACUCUUGACCAGAAAUUAAGGCUUAAAAAAAAAAAAUUGUCAAAAAUUAUUAACAUCUGUAUCCUACAGCCUAAGAAAUGUUUUAAGGAUAUCAACCCACAAAGCCCCGGGAGACCAUUUUUUUGUAUAUUGUUGUUUGAGCUUAAAAAAAUAGUGCAUAGAAAGUUGAAAACCAGCAAUUUGAUUAUUUUCUAACAUAUCGCUCCAACUUUGGGUACAUAGCAUUGGUGAUAUACACAGGUUUACCUCAUUCUAUGCAAGGGGGGUUAAUUAUGUAAAGUUUUGUAUUUACUACAGGAAGUAAAGCAUGUGCUGUAUAGUUUAGGAAUGUCUGGAAUUCUUUCCUCCCUUACUGGUAAAAUUUCUUAAAUUACAACCUGUUUUUAACAACAGCUUCUUCUAUUGACAGAAUCUGUUAAUCUGAUUACAAGAAUCUGUAACUUCAGGUGGUAAAGGCAUUUUAGCUCGCUAAAAUAGCCAUAAAAAGGACUUUGUUGGACCUGGUAGUCUUCAAAUAGCUCAUCUCAGAUUCUGACCCACGAUGUUUAUUUUGAACAUCAAAAUAGACAACAGCCUAGAUUGGAGAACUAGGAUUAGAGACCAUUGUAGUGACAGUUUGAGCCUUGCUUGUUUUCCUGUGUUCUCAAUUUAAUCUGCUGUAAAAUCCAGCUCUGCAAGCAUUGAUUUCAUUUGGUAAGUAUAGCACUAUUGAUUUUUUAUUUUUUUUUUUUUAAUGCAACAACUUGCAGGUUAUCCCAUCAGCUGGAACAAGGUUCUCACAGUCUUGCUUUCUUCUCUCAUCAACAGCUUCUGACUUCAGUAGAAAAACUGUUGCAUUAAUUAGUGUGUCAUAAUGUAGAGAGAGGGUUGGACUAGUUAAUGAGUGAGGUGCAUUGCCUGGUCACUAAACUGAGUAUUGCCCCGGCUCAUCCCUGAUUUCAGAGUUGAUCUCCAAAUGUCAAGAGGGAAAAUUAGUCCUUAACACACUUCCUGUGUUGGGAGAAUUAUAAGAGUCUGUCCUAAAGUCUGUCAGUCUUUAUAAUAUUCCUUUAUUCAUCAAACACUAAAGUCUGUGAGGUGAUCUAUGUUCUCAGGUACCUGUGUGACUUCAGCAGUUGGUGAAACGCCUUUUGUGUCUCUGGGUUCAUAAUAUGCCUCAGUUGUGUAAUUGUCAAGUACAGUGACAUCUGUGCUAAGCAAACCAUGGAAGGAGCUGCUGGAAGUCACUUGCUGAGGAGCAGCUCAGGGAAAACCUGAGCAAGGUGCUACCAGGGAUGUGGUCCCCAGAGAACCUGAGGGGUGGCCCUGUGGCAGCUCCCUGGCUUUGCAAAGCAUUCCUGUGGCUCUGGGAUGUUUCUCAUGGCUUUCAAGCUGUAGUACCUGCCUGAGGGAGCAGCAAAUGUUGGACACCUAAAACCUUCAAUGGGGUUGGACUAAUGCUGGCAUUGGGCACAGCAGGUUUUUCUGACCAUGAGGCAGCCCAAGCCCUGUCCCUGACUUGGCUGCUGUCCUUGUUCCAGAUCUCUCUGCUGAUCUUUGAUUAUUACAUUAUUUUCAAUAGAACUCUCUAACCUGUUCCUUGCUGCAUCUGAGGAAAGCUACAGCAGUUACUGAUUCCUUGUUCUAUGGAUGCUAACACGGGUUGCAGUGUUUGUUUUGGGUUUUUUAUUGUUGUUUUCUGUGAUGUGAAUACCCUCCCUCGAUCUUUGUAUGAUGGUGCUAACACAUUUGGUAACAAUCCUUUAUUAGGAAGGGAUUUCAAAAAACUGUGAUUUUAGCUGAAUUUUUCUUCCUUUUGAUUUUUUUUCAUAUUUAAAAUUAAAAGCCACAGCCAUUUAUACAAAAAAGGCAUCAGCUUUGGCCCCUGGAAAAAUGCUGGGGGCAAGAAUCAAGAAUAAACAAAUGGGUUUUUACAUAAUUUCUGUAUGUAUUUGAUAUAUAGAUCAAUAUCUGUACAAAUUUAAUCUUUUAUUUUCUUUGUAAUUUGUGUGGUCACUGAGGGAGUAUUUAAAGCUUUCUCAUGCAAUGUACAUAACUCAGUGAAAAAAUGCUUUUGGAAAAAUUAAUGUUACUUUCAUUUUUACAAGACUGCGGAUUUUCAGCAUGGAUGUGAAAAGCAUUAAAUCAUAACUUUGUGUACAAGAUAAAAAUAAUUCACUAAAUUUGCCUUUUUUACACAAAAUAAAAAUGAUUAAAAGUCU